UCAUUUGUCAAGUCAACAUGUCAAAAAAGCUGCGCUUUAGCUUUUAGGUUAUGUUUAUUUUAUUCAUAAGGUUUUAUUAUUAGCAAGCGCCAAAAUAUAAGUUAUCAUGGGUCGCAAUAAAAAAAGGAAGAGUGAGAAAAACCAAAACAUCCACCAGAGUAAGGAAGACUUGGUAGUCACAGAAUCGAAUACACUAAGCGAUAGUGACGAAGAUACCAACAGGACACUUGCUAAAGAAGAAAGCAACGAAAUAUCUGAUGGUAAAAUUAUGAAAAGGCCACUGGAGCACGAAAGUGAAAAUUCAGACGUUGAAGAUGAACCUAAAAAACGUAAGAAAAAGAAAAAGACUCCAGCAGCAGAAGAGUCUGCAACAACAGGUAAAAAAAAUAAAAUUUCCAAAAGGCAAAUGAAAAAAGAAAAACAUGCUGCGAGACUUGCUUUAGAACAAGCACAGGUAAAGAACCAAACUAAGACCCAGUGUCUUAAUUAUUUAUCUCAAUGGAAACAUGACAGGCAGAACUGGAAGUUUAUGAAAGCAAGACAAGUAUGGCUUAAUAAAAACAAAUUUUCAACCCAGCUAAUACCAGAGGCUUCAUGGCCUAUAUUAUUAGAAUAUUUUGAGUCUGCUAAAGGUAACAUUAAAACCUUACUUCUGAAUGAUGCUAAUCAAAUCAUUAAACAAAUGGAUGAAUGGACAGAGUCACAAACCAAUAAAGAUGCUGAAUGUGACAAGGAACAGUCUGAAUCUACUGAACUAGUGAAACCUGACAAAACAGUUUAUAAUAGAGCAAGGAGUAUAAUACAAUGUUUACAGGAAUAAAAUGCUUAUUUAGUUUU